CUUGACGCCAACCACCACGCACACCACACCACACCACCGGUGGGCAGCACCGCACCGGGCCCCGCUCCCGCUCUCCCAGGCCUCCUCGUCCUUGACGUCCGCCAUCCAGCCGGCCCGGCUCGUGAGUGAGUGGCGCAUGAGAGGGGUCGCAGCACCUCAUCUUCAAAGUCCCCGGCCCUGAAUUGAGCCCGAAACAAAUGCCUGCACACGCAUGUAACGCAUCAUACAGAUGGUGUGACGUCGUCCUUUUGCAUGCAUGCAUGGAGAUCUCCCUCGUGCACUUACUUGAACUUGUCGAUGUCCUUACUGGCGAGGUCCACGGGCCCUAUCACGAUGUCGCCCCGUCUGCCAUUGCAGUCCUUCUCAAACAGCGUCGCCCGGAGGCUGACACUCUUGCCAUGGUCGCCCUCGACCACCAGAAUCCCCUCCCGCCGCUCCCAUUUGUACCACCACCCCUCCCGAUAUGAAGCGCCGAAGCACUUGCUCGUGCUCAUGAUGGUGGUUUGCAGCGGUCGUGUGGUCCGCGGUUUCUGCAUGGACGAUCUCCCCGGUUCUUCGCAAUUUAUUGGGUUUUCGCCCGUCUCUGCAGAUGGAUUCUCGCCACAAAUCGGUGGUACAUGUGCAUGAGGGAAAUGCCGUGCUGCGUUCCUUCCUUCAAUUUUGUGUGAUGUAGUGAUGUGUUCAUGAGGCCGCAUUCUCCGUGUGUGCACAACACGGCCCUUUAUGCUUUCA